ACCCCAUCAUGGCGCUGCGGCGGCCGGAGCUGCUCCGGCUCCUGCUCCUGCCCCUGCUCGGCUGCAGACUCUUGGCUGUGGAGCUGAUCUCCAGCAACACCCAGCCCGUGGUGCAGGAAUUCCAGAGUGUUGAGCUGUCCUGCAUCAUUAAAUCCACUGUGACGCCAGAUCCCAGGAUCGAGUGGAAGAAAAUCCGAGACGGAGAAACCUCUUACGUGUUUUUUGACAAUAAAAUGCAGGGAGACUUUGCGACCCGGGCAGAGAUCCUGAGCCGGACAUCCCUGGUGAUCAAGAACACCACCCGGAUGGACACGGCCACGUACCGCUGCGAGGUGGCAGCGCCCUCCGACACCAAAAGCAUCGACGAGAUCAACAUCCAGCUCACGGUCCAAGUGAAACCCAUGACUCCCAGAUGCACUGUGCCUAAAGCUGUACCUGUUGGCAAGUCAGCCUCUCUUCACUGCCACGAGAAUGAAGGUUUCCCAAAGUCCACUUACAGCUGGUACCGCAACAGCGAACCUUUGUCACCCGACACGAAAGCCAAACCCCACAACUCCUCCUACACCCUGAACCCCGCCACAGGCACUCUGGUUUUCCACGCAGUGCACAAAGGUGACACAGGACGUUACUUCUGCAUAGCAACAAAUGAUGCUGGCUUUGCCAAGUGUGAGGAGCAGGAGAUGGAAGUCUAUGACCUCAAUAUCGGUGGGAUAAUCGGGGGAGUCCUGGUGGUCCUGGCAGUUUUGGUGCUCAUCACCUUUGGGAUCUGCUGUGCCUACAGGAGGGGAUACUUUGCCAACGGCAAAGAGAGCGGAGAAAGCUACAAGACUCCAGCAAAACCUGAUGGCGUUAACUAUAUCCGGACAGAUGAUGAGGGCGACUUCAGACACAAGUCUUCGUUCGUCAUAUAGGACACCAAAAGAAUACUGCAAAACCAGCAAAAGUGUGAAAAUACCUCCUCCAGGAACUCAAAGCAAGAGCAAAAGAUUAAUUAAGUGCGCUUGGAAGAGUUUGGAACACACAAGAACUCGAUAGCUAGCUAUCUGUAUAUCUUUUUUUUCUUUGCCAAAGUUUAAAGUAACUCCUCACUGCCCAACUCGCGUCUCCCCUGCCUCCGGAGAUACCAACAGGAUCACCUAAACCUGUCCUUGGACUAAGGAAGCAUUUUAAUACUUCCCAAGAGACUGGGCUGUGGAAGUUUGUGGCAUUGCCUUCUAUUUGUGCUGCAGGGACACGGCCACAAUGUGCAAACCACCCAGGGGGACAGCAUUAGGUAAACGUGCAGUAGACAUUGCUAGUACGUGCUACUAGUAGACAAAAAAAGGUGCUGAUACAGCAGUAGAUGGACUUCAAAGAGCGAGAUUUAUCCAUGCAAGGGGGGGGGUUUUCCUCCCAGCAGCUCAUUGCCCAGGCCUGGCUGGUGACUUUUACACAUUUGUGUGUAUAAAAGAUUGUCCUGUGCUCGACUCUGACUGCUCAGGAGCAGGGGGGGUGUCUCUGAACAGCCAACAGCGAACACCACUAACGUUCUCAGCCCCUGUGUAAACUUAAUUCUUGUUAUUUAACAUGAUGACCCACCAGGCCAGGAUUGCUUCUGUUCCCUGCUUUGUAGAGAACUCAUUGCACGCAGGUAACCCCUCCAUCUAAUCUGCACAAAGCAGACUUGCCUCCUGAGUCUUUCCGUGCUGAAAGAGGCUUAGAGGGGAGGCACAGAACGAGUGCUGAGACAUCCCUUUCAGGAAAAUUAAAGCCAAAUACUUUUCCUAGGCUGAGAUUGCCAUAAAAGGUACUGAGAUAUCUUCCAGCUUUUUUUACCUUCUCUGUUUCUUUUGUAGAACCCCACGUUCUAAAUUUUUUGCAAAGAUCUAUUUUGAUUACUUCAGAAAAAGGUAACAUUUCUAUUUAAAGUGUAAAUACGUGAUGCCAGCAGUGUUUAAGUAACGGAGCUAUUUUUUUACUGUUGAAGCUACAGAGAGGAGCUCAACUGUUGCUAUAAUAUGGCACUGUCAGAGCAUAUCAGUAUUAGUGCAAACUGUAUUAAAAAGCUGCAGGUGGAACAGCAUCUCUUUCCUCUUAAACCAGCUUCAGCCAUUUCCUUGUCACAAGAGGUCUUACCAGACACAGAACAGAGUCACUCAGGGAUAGUUUUUGUAAAUUUUAUGGCAGGAGCUAUCAACUUUUUUUUUUUAUAUAGAAAACUUCUCUUGCCAGUGACCAACACUUUGUUUUUGUUGUUGCAAGAAAUAUCCAGGGAUGGCUAUUUUGGAUUCAGUUCCAACGAGGUGACAGAGUGACUUCAAUGUUUGCUGCCCCUCUGCAGGUUCCCUAAAGCACUAACACGGUGUGACAGCUACAGCAACCCGACAGGUUUAAAGCUUACACGGCCAAGGCCACUGUUUCUGGAGCUGGGAAGGCAAAAGCACGACACAAAAGCACUUUCUCGGUGUCAGCUGAAACUUUUCUCUAGGUGGUAAAAAAAAAAAAACAUAAAAAAUUAAUUUGGUUCUUUUGGCUUGAGAGAGAAUAGCUGGAAACACAUGAAAACACCCACGUUGGUGGUGUUGAACGGCAAUAGGUGAUACAAGAUGUGGAUGCAACACUAGAACUGUGCUGUGGUUUAAGAAGUUUUUUAAUGUAGCAUAAUUUAGUGUUCUUGUAUUUCCAAUAUAAAUUGAGUUGUCUUAACUUUUCCUGUAUACAGUAUUUUGGAUACUUGACGAUUUGGACUGUCAGUGUUAUUUUUUAGUGUUCUGCAUUACUCUGCUUUGUUUCCUAAAGGCCCUCGCUGGACAUGCCAUUGCUGCAUUUGUUUUGCCUAAGCAAAGCAUUUCCACUUGUCCUUCUGCUGAUGAAAGUAAAAAUAAGGAUGGGGCAGCAAUAACCAGAUGCUCUCUGUGUGAUUCAGGCAUUACCACUGCUCUUUUGCAACUAUACUCUGGUAACCUUCUUAAGACAAGCUCUUCAGCCAAGCCAGCCAGUCCUGAUUGCUGCUUCUAAUCAUUCUGACAUUCCUUUGCACCCUCUGGAUAUCCACUGCUCCUUCUCUGUGCUGCUGCAAGGAUACCUGUGAUAAGGGAGAGAGAGGAAAGGGGUGAAUCAGGGUAGCUCUGGGCACUAUGGGAGCACAAUCCACAGUCUCACCAGGCAGCCUUCCUGUGAAAAACCAGCAAAGCUAAGAAUCAAAACUUCCAUUAUUUUCAGUUCUAAAAUGCACAGUGGCAUCUCUAACGAGAGAAGGGGAGGUGGUCCCCCUCCCCAUACAGCUCGUGGGAGCUGAUGGAUGGAAUUCAUUGUAUUGUUGUGAAUAAUAUUCAGGUUUGUACUAAUGUAUUACGUUUAACUUUGCCAAGAAUGUUUUACAUAAAUACCAAGCUAUAAAGCA